CUUUAAUUAUCAAUUUUCAAUUUGAUAAUAGGAUGCGAAAUCUCCCAUUUCAAUAAAAAUCAAAUCUUGAUCCGCAGCCAUGGAUGAAUUCCAUAAGCAUUCAUCACCAUUUUUACUCGUCGUCUAUCUCCUGCUAAUCCGCUCCCUGUUUUCCACUGCAACCGACACCAUAACCACCUCUGCAAGAAUCAGAGAUGGAGAAACACUCGUUUCUUCAAACGGAGUCUUCGAGCUCGGUUUCUUCAACCUCACCAAUUCCCCCAAUCGCUAUGUCGGAAUCUGGUACAGCAACAUAACCGUUCCUACUUAUGUGUGGGUCGCAAACAGAGAGUCUCCGCUCACAGACAGAAACGGCGCGUUAACGGUAACGGCGCCUGGCGUCCUUGCUAUUCUUAACAGAACUAACGGCACCGUCUGGUCGUCCGCGUUUACUGAAGCCACGACUCAAUCCCCAAACCCAAUCGCUCGAUUGCUCGACUCCGGGAAUCUGAUCGUCAAAGAUGCAGGCGAUGAUGAUAACUUCCUCUGGCAGAGCUUCGAUUACCCCUGCGACACGUUGCUGGCCGGAAUCAGGCUGGGGUGGAACUACGUCACCGGCGUGGAGACCUACAUUUCGUCGUGGAAAAGCGACGGCGAUCCGUCGAAAGGCGAGUAUUCGUCGCACGUUGACCCCACCGGAUACCCGCAGAUGGUGCUGAAGAAGGGAUCAGCCUUUCAGUACAGGAUCGGGCCGUGGAACGGGCUCCGGUGGAGCGGGGCCCCCGACACGAGCAACGACCCGACCUACAGCGUCUCGCUGCAGAUGACGCGAGACGAGGUGCGCUACACGGAGGGCAGGGUCGGGGACUCUGUUUUGUCGAUAUCGAGGCUGAAUCCCAACGGGGAAGGAGUUCGCUCCACGUGGAACGAUCGGACAAAUUCGUGGACUACUUACACGAACGUGCCGGCUGACAACUGCGACAGCUACGGGCUGUGCGGACCCCACGGCAGCUGCAAUGCGGGGACGUCCCCAUCGUGCGGGUGCCUCGACAGGUUCGUGGCGAGGGAUCCGGAGAGCUGGGGGCGGGCGGACUGGUCGGAUGGGUGCGUGAGGAGGAUUGCGUUGAGCUGUGGUACGGAUAAGUUUUUGAAGUACUCUGCCAUCAAACUGCCUGAUGCUCGGAACACUACCUACAAUGUGGAGAGGAGGAGCCUUGCGGAGUGCCAAUUGGAUUGCGCGAGGGACUGUUCGUGUGUGGCGUAUGCGCAGCUCAACAUCAGUGGCGCCGGGAGUGGAUGCUUGUUCUACCAUGGCGACUUGAUCGAUAUCAGGGUGAUGGCUUCGGCAGGCCAGGAUCUUUAUAUCAGAAUGGCUGCGGCUGAGCCUGGUGAUGUGUCGAGCACGAACAGGAAUGGUGGAAAUAGAGGGAGAAAAAGAACUAUAGUUAUAGCAAGUGCUACGUCGGUAGCGGUGAUGGUUUUCAUGUGCCUACUCUUCGUUUAUGUUUAUGGCCGGAGGAGAAAGAACGAUACGAGUAUGAAUGAUGAAGUUGUAGGGCUGUUUAGUGCAACUCAUGUGAAAGAAGCAGAGCUGCCAUUCUUUAGCUUGCCUACAAUUUUGAAAGCUACUGAUAAUUUUUCAAACAAGAACAAGCUUGGUGAAGGUGGAUUUGGACCAGUCUACAGAGGCUUGCUGGAAGACGGGCAAGAAAUUGCUGUGAAACGCUUGUCAAAGACGUCGAGGCAAGGAGUGAACGAGCUGAGAAACGAAGUGAUGCUGAUAGCCAAACUUCAGCAUCGUAAUCUAGUGAGGACUCUGGGAUUUUGCGCUCAAGGAGAGGAGCACAUGUUGAUCUACGAAUACAUGCCUAAUCAUAGCCUCGACUUAAUGUUAUUUGGUGAUACCUUUUUCCAAACUCUAAAUUUAAACUCACUUUGGAUCUCGUCUAAUCGUCUAUAUUUUUGGACAGACCAAGAAAAGAGUAGGCUCCUUGACUGGCAAAAGCGCUUCGAUAUCAUCAACGGAAUUGCGAAAGGGCUACUCUAUCUUCAUCAAGAUUCGAGGCUGAGAAUCAUCCACCGCGACCUCAAAGCUAGCAACAUAUUGCUGGAUGCUGAUAUGAUUCCCAAGAUAUCCGACUUUGGAUUAGCUAGGAGCUUCGGAGGAAACCAAACAGAAGCUCAGACGCGCAGAGUUGUUGGGACAUACGGCUACAUGUCUCCAGAAUACGCUAUAGAUGGGUUGUUUUCAGUCAAAUCUGACGUUUUCAGUUUUGGUGUUCUCGUGCUGGAGAUCGUUAGCGGCAACAGAAACAGAGGAUUCCUCCUUAAAGACCACAAUCUCAAUCUUCUCGGACAUGCGUGGAGGCUUUACAUGGAAGAUAGUUCGAGAAAGCUACUCGAUCCUUGUCUGGAUGAGGCGUUCAACUGGGGACAAGUGGAACGUGCCAUCCACGUGGGGCUGCUGUGCGUGCAGAAUAGCCCAGACGACAGGCCAAGCAUGUCGUCUGUGGUGUUCAUGCUGGGGAAUGAAGUGGCGCUACCGCAGGCGAAGCAGCCGGGUUUCUUCACGGAGAGAGACAUUUCUAUUGAUCACAGCUCUAGCAGCUCUAAUCCCACAGUUACGCAUAAUGAGAUUACAAUCACUUGGACACAAGGUAGAUAGAAAUCAACAUUGUUGUAUAGUGUGUCGAUUAUAUGUGUAAUUAAAAUAGAGUGAAAGACAGAGAGAAAGAGAGAUGUGUAGAAAUACUGCCAUUUAUUUGAAAUUUUGAUGCUAGAAAUCUUAGCUGGUGUCUUUAGAUA